UAAUUAUAAUAUUAAUGGGAAUACUCUCUCUAUAUAUCAAAAAAGAGUUUCUCUACUCUUCUCUGGUUUUCAUCGGUCACACCUGGAUCGAAGGAAACUACACACACACACACACCCUAUCUAUCUCUCGAUUCUCUCUUCUUAUAUAAUAUAUAUGUAUAUAUAAUUUUGAUGGUGGCAGUAGUAGUAGUGUUAGUGCUACUCCUAGCUAGUACUAGUACUAUGGUGGUGAUGGUGAUAAUCAUAUAAUAAUAUUAGUAGAACCAAAACUAAGCAUAAAGUCUCCUUCCUUCUCCACCAGAUUGGGGUCUGCGUGUGUGUGUGUGUGUUUUUUUGGUCUUGUUCCUCUUCUUAUUGAGAUUAAUAUCAUAUAACACCAUUGCUAUUGCUGUGAUAUGAUUAUAUAUGUGAGUGUUUGAAUGGCCUUGGUUUCAUUGCUCAUUCAUCUUCCUGGUUAUUUUAUUCUUUGGUUACCACCAUAUAUUUCAAAGCUUUACUUACUUAGGCACUUGGAAAAACAUCACCUUUCUCUGUCUUCAUCAACUAUUCUCUAGUAUACUACUAGACUACUCCUCCUUUACUUUGACUUUUACUUCCGGAAGAGAAAUUGUGGGUUUCAACUGUGUUUGACAAAUGUUCGAAGAAAGGAAACUACAGAGCGAAGAAGAAAGACGAAGUAGUAGUUUGCACACAAAUGAUUCCACUACUACUUCUUGCAGGUUCAGCUCCCCAACCGAAAGAAUCAUGGUCCAUGGGAAUAACAACAACCGAAGCAAGUGCUCUUCCCAUGAGAGAAGAAGACUUAUUACUGGUUCAUCUUCUUCUUCUUCUUCUUCAUCUUCAUCUUCGUUUCCGUCCUCCUCAAGUCCCAAACCUCAGGAUGCAGAUUAUCCCCAGCCUCAGCUCAUUGAUGAAGUAGAGGCUCUGAUCUUAGCCCGAGUACCAAGAUCAGACUACGGAAAAAUCUCCCUUGUCAACAAAAGAUUCUUUUCACUUGUCAGGACCGGAGAGAUUUACAACAUAAGAAAACAAAUCAGGUUCAGAGAACCAACCGUUUUCAUGCUUGCUUCUGGUGAACAGAGCUGGUGGGCUUUCGAUGGUCACCAUUUCAACUCUCUUCGGCAGCUGCCUAUUUUACCAGCUGAGUUUCCCUUUCACAAUGGUGACAAAGAGACCCUUUGCGCCGGAACCCAUCUCUUGGUUUCUGGCAACGAGCACGAAGCUGGCCCCACCGUCUGGAUAUACAACCUGGUCACCAACCAAUGGUUUAGAGGCCCACCCAUGAUAAACUCAAGGAACAUGUUUGCUGCAGCCACUUGUGGCACCUUCGGGUACGUAGCAGGAGGUGUUGUCAAGACCGUUAUUGGUUACGAAACCGAAAAGCAGUACACCAGCUCAGCCGAGAGAUACAAUCCGGAGACUAGAUCAUGGGAGGCUCUUCCAGACAUGCACAGAAAAAGAGGGUCUUGCUCAGGUUUUUACAUGGACGACAGGUUUUUCGUCAUUGGUGGUGAGAACAUGGAAGGGAAUCUGACAUGUGCGGAGGCCUUUGAUGAGAAAAGAAGGAAAUGGGAUUUGAUUCCAAACAUGUUGGCAGACAUGCCAGUGCUGAAUCCAAGGUCUCCGCCGCUUGUUGCAGUGGCUAACAACGAGCUCUACUCGCUCGAGCCCUCCACAAACCAGCUCAUGGUGUAUGUGAAAGCAAGCCUGUCAUGGAGGAGAUUGGGAGCUGUUCCGGUGAGAGCUGAUGCCAUGGGAGGAUGGGGUGUGGCGUUUAAAUCUCUUGGGGAUGAGCUGCUUGUCAUUGGUGGUAAUGCCAAUGCGUUUGCUGGUCCUAUGUUGAUAUACACUUGCCGACCUGACCCCAACGCUAGGGAGCUGAACUGGAGGCGCAUUGAGGUCCGCCGCAACAGGCUGCAGCCCUUCAUAUUCAAUUGCGCAGUCAUGUUAGUUUGAUCUUUUUUUUUUUUUUUUUGCUUUUAUUAUGGUGUGGUUUUUGUGUUUUUGGUAGAAGCUAUAAAUAAGAAAGGUACAUUACAAGGAGUUAAAAGAGAGUUGUCAAUUGACUUCUUCUGUCUACUAGCUAAUUGCUAUGCCAGCUUUGAUGAUAAGCCCUUGUGUUUGUUGUGUACUAUAUUUGGCCUUGGUGGUUUAAGAUAACGUUUUUGUAACUUGAGAGGAAUCUUGUUUCAACUCUAUUUUUCCUUUGUUAUGUAUCAAAUUUUUUUGUUUGUAUUUCUCUGUUAAGACACAGAAGAAGCUUCUAAGGAUCUUUGGCCAUUUUCAUCAUAUGAGAACUGAAUUGAUAAAACCUGUCCUGUCUUACACUUCAGGUGUCA